UUACAAGAUUAGGACUUGGGGAGUCCAAACACUUUGCCGCUCUCUCACUCUCUUCCUCUCUAUUCCCUUGUAUGUACUUCGUGUAGAGCAAAAGCAAGGAUGUGGUUGACCGAGCCGUUGAUAAAGAGGGAGUGGCCGAGCCCGACCGAGUCGCCACCACGCCUGAAACCCGAGUGGCCAAAGCACGUGAGCGCGGCCCUGGUGGAGGCCAAGUCCAUCCUGUCCCUGGCCUCCCCCAUGGCGCUCACCGGCCUCCUCCUCUACUCCCGCUCCCUCGUCUCCAUGCUCUUCCUCGGACGCCUCGGCCGCCUCCCCCUCGCCGGUGGCGCUCUUGCCAUCGGCUUCGCCAACAUCACCGGAUACUCCGUCCUCUCCGGCCUCGCCAUGGGCAUGGAGCCCAUCUGCGGCCAGGCCUUCGGCGCCCGCCGGCCCGCCCUCCUCGGCCCCGUCCUCCACCGCGCCGUCCUUCUCCUCCUCGCCGCCUCCCUCCCCAUCGCCGCCCUCUGGGCCUCCAUGCGCUCCCUCCUCCUCCUCAGCGGCCAGGACGACGACAUCGCCGCCGUGGCCCAGGCCUACGUUCUCGCCUCCCUCCCGGACCUCCUCCUCCAGUCCUUCCUCCACCCCAUCCGCAUCUACCUCCGCUCCCAGUUCAUCACGCUCCCUUUCACCUACUGUGCCGCCGCCGCCGCGCUCCUCCAUCUCCCCGUCAACUACGUCCUCGUCUCCGUCCUCCGCCUCGGCAUCCGCGGCGUCGCCCUCGCCUCCGUCUGCACCAACCUCAACCUUCUCUUCCUCCUCCUCGUCUACAUCUGCUCCUCCGGCGUGCAUCAGCACACGGGGGCGCUCAACUUCACUGCAGAGUGCCUCGGGAACUGGAGAUCGUUGCUCAACCUCGCGAUACCCAGCUGCAUCGGGGUCUGCCUCGAGUGGUGGUGGUACGAGAUCAUGGUCCUGCUCUGCGGUCUGCUCCUCGACCCCAAGUCCACCGUCGCGUCGAUGGGCAUCCUCAUCCAGACCACCUCCUUGAUCUACAUUUUCCCCUCCUCGCUCAGCUUCGGGGUAUCGACGCGCGUCGGCAACGAGCUCGGCGCGAACCGCCCCGACCGCGCCCGCCGCGCGGCCACUGUGGGCGUGGCCUGCGGCGCCGCGCUCGGCGUCCUGGCGUUCGCGUUCGCGGUGGCGGUCAGGAAUGCCUGGGCGCGCAUGUUCACCGCGGACGCCUCGAUCUUGGCAUUGACGGCCGCGGUGCUCCCCAUCGUAGGCAUGUGCGAGCUGGGGAACUGCCCGCAGACGGCCGGGUGCGGGGUGCUGCGGGGGAGCGCGCGGCCACGCACCGGCGCCAACAUAAACAUGUGGUCGUUCUACGGCGUGGGCAUGCCGGUGGCGGCGGGGCUGGCUUUCUGGGGCAGGCUGGACUUCCCCGGACUGUGGCUCGGCAUGCUCGCGGCGCAGGGGACGUGCGUCGCGCUGAUGCUGGUGGUGGUUCGCCGCACCGACUGGAAUCUGCAGGCCGAGCGGGCGCAGCGGUUGACCGGCGGCCCUGUCGAAACUGACACAGCAGUCGUGGUGGUGGUGGUAACCAACGAAUUCGACGAGAAACAAGCAGCAGACGGCGACAACGCUGAGAUGUGUGAUUCCUAUGAUAGCCUAAAGAUCGAUCAAUCGACUGCAUCAAGUUGAUAAGCUUAAAAUUUCUCUUCUCCA